AUGGAUCCCAGUGAGACUCCGGGGCCGGCAACAGCUCCUGUAGCCACGACAGCCGGCGGCGAGAAGCCCACCAAGGAACGUAUGAGAAUCAGCCGUGCCUGCGAUUAUUGCAAGAAGAAAAAGAUCCGGUGCACUGGAACGCAGCCAUGCGAAAGGUGUAUCAACGAAGACGAGGUUUGCGAGUACAAGGCUCCUUACUCCCGGGGAAGGAAAAAGCAGAAGAGGAAACCCCUCCACCUCGCCACUCCCUCGUCCGACGCAUCGCCCAUGUCCCCUCCAGCAACGAUUGAACUAGACAUUUCCCCCCAAACACAGCAGGAACAACAAUCACUUCCGCAACCACCAAAUGAGGGCGUGGAGAGCUCUCAAUUACAUCCCACGGAUGCAGUUGCAGUCUCAGUGCCAGCCAUCAACGCCCACGCUCAGCCGUCUGGACCUCUAGCGCCUGCGUCUCGAUCGUCUCCAGAACCUGAGGAGAGCGACCGUCAAGGACAUUUCGUGGGCGCUUCCUCUAGUGUCGCCUUUCUCCUUCGCCUACAACGUCGUCUCCGGCGAGAUGCCGGAGGUAGUUCGGAGACGUCGGUGUUCACGCUUGGAGAUGCUGUCCUCCCCGAGUUUGAUGAGCUUGGCUUCAUUCCUCCCUCUCGCCAAGAGGCCGAGGGUUUAUUAAAAACGUAUUUUGAGCUGGCCUCGCCGACGUAUCGCUUCCUCCACCGACCGACGGUUGAGCGAUGGUUGAGACAGCUCUAUGACAAUGGUAGCAUUUCCGGGAGCCAUUCCCGCAGCAAAUACGCCGUCAUCUUGACCAUGUUUGCUCAGGCGGUGCGGUAUACUGGCGUGGCGUCGAAUUCUCCAAACGCCAACACCGGAGUGGAAUACUUCCAAGCUGCCGAAAGGCAGCUGUCCCGAGAAACGGAGUCAGCCACCCUAACAAGUGUACAAGCCAUGCUAGGCUCAUGCUUCUACAUACUUACACGAUCGCGGCUUAACCACUGCUGGAGCCUGUUCGGAACUACGGCCCGGCACAUCCUCGCCCUUGGACUGCAUCGGAAAAAAGCCAAGUUCCAAGGCGGCUCCGGUAGCGCCACGGACCUAGUGGAGGUAGAGUGUAGAAAGAGGCUGUUCUGGUGUGCUUAUAAUCUCGAUAAGUACCUUAGUGCCAUCUUUGGCCGACCUUGUGCAUUCCAUGACGAUGACAUCGACCAGGACAUGCCGGCCUUAGUUGAGGACGAAUUUUUAACUGCUGACUCGAUUACUGUUGCUGGAAGGGCUAACAUGAAUGUCAUGCUGGGCCCUCUCAGUCACCAGAGGUUGGGGAGAAUUUUAAGUAGUAUUCUCCGCCGUCUCUACGGGAUCAAACCCCUCGACCUAGUAACGCAAUACGAGACUAUGAGCGAGCUGGGCGCGGAGGUAGAAGCGUGGAGACAGCGGCUGCCGGCGUUCCUAGACCCGGAAAAGGUAGAUUCCAGACUUCUCAUACCAUUGUUCCAGCGGCAAAGUAACCUAUUGAGCCUUGCCAUGGGGCACGCACGGAUCCUCAUCUACAGGCCGUGUCUCUUCAACGAUUACCAGCAGAUAGACGCGGCGGAAACCAAAGCGAAUAUCCAGAAAUGCGUCGAGGCGGCUAUGGGAAUCGUCGAAGUAAUCGACCGCAUGGUGGAGGCUAACCAGUUUUACGCCGCGUCCUGGUUCGCCCAUUACCAGGCCUUCUGUGCCGUCGUUGUCCUGUACACGUACACAAUCCGCAGCAGAGCUGAGGACACAUCUACGUGGAUGCGAUACUUUCGCGCUGCAGAGCGGUGCCAGGGCCAGGUUGUCACUGUUGCGGGAUUUGACUCCCUCGCUUAUCGGUUCUUUGUGAUCAUGGAAGAGUUUCGGUCGGAAGUUGUGAGACUUCUGCAGCAUUGUUCGGCGGGACCUGGAGCUUCCAAGCAUCAUUCUAAUGGAUCCAGGGGUUCAAGCGGUGGACAGGAGCCGCGGGACAUGCCUGCGGCGUUUCUUCCAGCUGAAUCUAGCUCGAUUCAGUGGCCCGGCAAUGAGACACAGGUGGACCAGUUCGGACUCCUUGACCUGCCCAACUGGGAGCAAUUAGAUUCUCUGAUCGGCAUUUUCCAGGCUGUCGCUGACACCCGUCGCAGCGCCAAGGAAGCAUGGUCACGUCUGUCGCAAUUCGCAGACUUGGUUGGUGUGGGAGUCGUGACUCGCGAGGGGUUUAUAAAGAAGUCCCAGGAAGGCGGCUUUGACGGCGUUACGGCCAUUUACCGAACUUUCUACAGCGUAGAAAUUACCGGCCCAUUCGACAAAGACCUUAUCCAGGUGUUGCCGUCCACGGUCAGGUUUAUCUGUCAUAGCGGAGCUGGAUACGAUCAAGUCGAUGUCGAUGCUUGUACACAUCGAGGGAUACGGGUCUCGAACGUGCCCGGAGCCGUGAACGAUGCCACCGCAGAUACUACCAUGUUCCUGAUCCUCGGGGCUCUUCGAGGCUUUAACCAGGGAAUCACGACGCUGAGAAACGGCGAAUGGCGUGGGAGCCCGAAGCCGCCUCUUGGUCACGAUCCGCAGGGCAAGACCCUUGGCAUAUUAGGAUGCGGUGGUGUUGGCAGGAACUUGGCUAGGAAAGCGGGCAUCUUUGGCAUGAAGGUCAUCUAUCACAACAGGAUCAAGUCUGCCGACGUCACAGAGGCCGAGUUCGUCGACUUCGAGACAUUGCUGAAGAAAAGCGACGUGCUUUCGAUCUGUCUACCGUUAAAUGCUAACACGAGACACCUCAUCUCUGUUGCCGAAUUCGACAAAAUGAGGCAAGGCGUCAUAAUCGUAAACACAUCACGCGGUCCCAUAAUAAACGAAGAUGCCCUCGUCGAUGCUCUGAAUACUGGCAAAGCGUGGUCGUGCGGGCUUGACGUCUACGAAAAUGAACCCUUGGUACACCCCGAUUUACUGGCUCACCCACGGGCGAUGCUUCUGCCGCACCUCGGGACUUACACAGUCGAGACUCACCUAAAGAUGGAAGAACGCUGUAUCGCAAACAUGCGUUCGGCCUUGGAAAAGGGCGUGCUGCUGGAUAAUGUCAGGGAGCAGCAGAAUGUAGUCUUCCCAUAG